AUGGCAAGAUCAUUAAACUUGGAGGAGAACUGCUUCUUGAACCAAUACGGAGACCGAGCAAUUAUGCUUCAAAGAUUCAACUUGUACCCCCGGUGUCCAAGGCCUGACCUUGCUCUCGGCCUAAAACCUCAUGCAGAUGGAUCAGCAAUUACAAUUGUGUUGCAAGACAAAGAAGUUGAAGGUCUUCAAUUCCAGAAAGAUGAUCAGUGGCUUAGAGUUCCCAUCAUGCCUCAUGCUCUACUCAUAAAUGUUGGUGAUCAAGUUGAGAUAAUGAGUAAUGGAAUUUUCAAGAGCCCAGUGCAUAGGGUGCUGACAAAUUCAGAAAGGGACAGGAUCACUGUGGCUAUGUUCUGUGCUCCAGAAUCUGGAAAGGAGGUUGAGCCAGUGGAGGAGCUCAUUGAUGACAAGAGGCCAAGAUUAUACAAGAAAGUGAAAAAUUAUGUUGAAACUUAUUUCCAGUACUACCAGCAAGGGAAAAGACCAAUUGAUGCAGUGAAGGUUUAGAUUUCUAGAACUAUUUUCAUCUCUUGUUAUUUGUAAGUGUUAUGUUGGGUUUGUGUUGACAAAUUCCAUGGCCAAAACUUAUAUUGCCUCGUGUUCGAGAUUAAAAAAUAUGUGGCAACUCUCAUGGUAGUUUUCUU